GUAGGGUCGACACGGAAGACGACGACGAUCCCAACACGCCUCGCCCCGAGGUCGUUCUCGAAGAAGAUGCCGCAACGCUGAAGCUCCUCUUCGGCCUGAUGUACAACCGCCCGGCCCCACCACUCACCAUGUCCGACUGGCAAGUAGUCCUCCGCAUGGCCCGCGCAGCCCAGAAGUACGACUGCGCCCGCGCAAAGGAGAUCGCUGCCGCCUACUUCACGGAGCAGGAGCAGCUCGGUGCCCUCUCCCCCUUCAUGGCCUUCGCCGUCAGUGUGCAGUACAAGCUUCACGCACUCGAGGAAGCCGCAGCCGAGCGUUCCGUGAGGUACGACCUCUUCAAGCUACCCCCCAUCAUUUUCGAUCUCAUUGGAUUCCAAAACUUCCAAAAGCUCUCCGCCUUUCAUGCGAAGCGUCAGGCCUUUUAUCAGGACGUGCUCAACAACCUCGCCAUCGACCCCAAGGAGCUCUCGGACCAGUGCUACCAGACUGGCGGAGUCUGCGCAGUUGGUCCGUGGCAGAGGCUCAAGAAGCGCCUGACUUGGCCUAGGUCGACGGGCAGGGACGGGGGAAAACGACCGCCUGAGCCGAAUGACUGCUUGAAAUAUCUCGCCAUCGAGCUCAGCCAGAUUGAUUGUGGAAGCUGCGCUAGGGCGCUCGCUGAGGCGGCGUUGGCGGUGCAGACGGCGUUGACGAGCUUGCCCGGUUACAGGGAGGAAGAAGAGGAUGCGUUCUGAUCAAGGGCUAGGAGGCAACAAGGCGCCGGCGCUGGCUCGUAGGCGUCGGGCUGCUCGCUUGCUCGUUUGCUCUCUCGCUGAUCAUUGGAAGGGAUUGCUUUGUUCUCAAGUCUCAGUCUCGCUCUCGUCCUGGUGCUAACAAAAAAUCUCGAUUCAUUCUUGGACAGCCAUCUU